AUGGCUUGUAUCCCAGCUCCUACCUCUAAUACUUGGGCCAGGGCCCAACUUGAUUUCGGCCUGCCCUCAAAUUCCCUCUCCGUAAAUAAACUCACCAUCUCCUCUGCUCUUCACGCUCCUUCUGCUCUUCAUUUACCAAAACAACUCUCCAUCUCCGUGACACCACCAGCUACAAGAGAGGACUCCCCCAAAACACCCCAAUCACCGCACUGGAACUUGCUGCAGAAAGUAGCAGCCCACGCCUUAGAUAUGGUAGAGGACAUCUUGGUCUCACACGAGUGCCAACACCCGCUCCCAAAGACUGCGGACCCGAGAAUCCAAAUCGCCGGAAACUUCGCUCCUGUGCGAGAACAACCCGUCCGGCAAUCUCUCCCUGUCACAGGCACUGUACCGGCCUGCAUUCGGGGCGUCUACGUCCGCAAUGGUGCCAACCCGCUAUUCGAACCAGUCGCCGGUCACCACUUUUUCGACGGGGACGGUAUGGUGCAUGCUGUCACAUUCAAUCCGGAUAUUUCAGUCAGCCACGCUUGCCGGUUCACCGAAACAGAGCGCCUUAUCCAGGAAAGAGUGCUGGGCCGGCCUGUUUUCCCGAAAGCAAUCGGGGAGCUCCACGGCCACUCGGGUAUCGCCCGGCUCCUACUCUUCUACGCCCGAGGGCUGUUGGGCCUCGUGGACCACCGCCACGGCACCGGAGUGGCCAACGCGGGCUUGGUCUACUUCAACGGCAGGCUGCUGGCCAUGUCCGAAGACGACCUUCCGUACCACGUUCGCCUCGAACCGAAUGGGGACCUCCACACCAUUGGUCGGUUCAACUUCAAUGAGCAACUCCGGUCCGCCAUGAUCGCCCACCCGAAGCUCGACCCAGUGACCAGAGAACUAUUUGCGCUCAGCUACGAUGUCGUCCAGAGGCCCUACCUGAAGUACUUCCACUUCUCCGCCGACGGAACCAAAUCGCCAGACGUCGAGAUACCCUUGAAGGUUCCUACCAUGAUCCACGACUUCGCGAUCACGGAGAACUACGUGGUGGUGCCGGACCAGCAAGUGGUCUUCAAGCUCCCAGAGAUGAUCCGGGGUGGGUCACCUGUCAUCCACGAACCGAAAAAGAAGGCCCGGUUUGGAAUUCUACCAAAAAAUGCCCGAAAUGCUUCCGCUAUUGUCUGGGUGGAAUGCCCGGAUACGUUUUGCUUCCACCUCUGGAACGCAUGGGAAGAACCCGAAUCCAACGAGGUGGUUGUAAUCGGGUCGUGCAUGACCCCUCCCGCUUCCAUUUUCAACGAUUGUGACGAGCCUCUGAAGAGCGUGUUGUCUGAAAUCAGGCUCAACCUGAGGACCCGAAAGUCGACCCGACGCAAGAUAAUUUCCGGGCCGGAUCAGAUGAACUUGGAAGCCGGGAUGGUGAACAGGAACAAGCUGGGGAGAAAGACAAGGUACGUGUAUCUCGCAAUAGCUGAGCCGUGGCCCAAGGUUUGUGGAUUCGCCAAGGUCGAGAUUUCUACAGGGAGAGUAGAAAAAUACGUAUACGGCGACAGAAGAUACGGCGGAGAGCCGUGCUUUGUGCCCAUGGAGGCUAACAGUGAGAGAGAGGAUGAUGGGUACAUUCUCUCAUUCGUUCACGACGAGAAGACGUGGAAAUCGGAGCUUCAGAUCAUAAACGCCAUUAAUCUGGAGUUGGAGGCUACCGUUAAGCUUCCGUCAAGGGUACCGUAUGGUUUUCACGGUACUUUUAUCAGCUCAGACGAGUUAAUUCACCAAGUAUAG